UAAAGUAGAUCGCAAUGUUCUAUAUCAAUUUAGCGCCAUUCGCGACACCAUCGUUGUCGCUUUCUCCCAAAUUCCCAUUUCUGAUCGGUUUCUAUCGUCUGAGUCGUCUGCGGUCCAAAAUUAUUAUUUUAUGUGCGAGUGUUAUAUAAGAUCGGUUCUUUUGGCCUACAUCAGAUCUACCAUCAAGGGAAGGUAUGGAGACUCCGGAAAGUGACCAGUUCAAUCUUACUCAGGAAAUGCAGUGUCCGUCAACUGUGGGCAGGCGAAGUGUGGAGAUGAAAAGUGUCGCGAAGGAGUUCUUCUGUCUCACUGAUGAGACAGACCAAGGGAGGGUGAGUGUGUCAACACGUGGAGCCAGUAUGAGGAGCAGCUACACUCCUGGACACUGCAAAGGGAGUGAAUCUGUGCUGCGCAGGUGAGUACUUCCCGUUUAUUGGCAUGCUAGUUAAGUACAGAUAGCAGCGUCCCGGAGUAGUAGGCGUGUCGAAAGAAAUGGGAGGAGAAAAAAAAAUUGAACAGGGUUUUUGCAAGUGCCACCGUUUUACAGUAGCCUAAUUUGUUCAGUCGCUUUCUGGAAGUACAUGGAGGAAGCUAAAGCAUUUUUAAUCACAUACAACUCAAACUUUUAUGAAAGCAAACAUGGCAAAUUGUUACCGUUGUACUAAGUGCCAUGAACAGUAUUGUUCAGUCUUAAUACUUUUCACAUACACACCUCUAACUUGCAUUAAAGCAAACAUGAACAUCUGCCUUCAGGUUAACCUAAUUGUAAUCUGAUUUUUUAAUGUGCGCGUAGUGUCAGACGGGUGUCAGUGUAGGCAAUUUUCCCGGGAAGCUCCCUUCGUAAAAUUGGUCAUCAACUCAAGUCUGCCCUUGUGUUUAGAAAGUUUAAUAAUGGCAUUGCGUAUACUAGCCUAUACAAUUGCAAUGAAAUGGGAUACAUGUAAAAUGUUCACAACAUGAAAGCAUGUUAAGAUACGUGCAUUUACAUGCAAUGCUUUUCCACUUCACGACACCACCAUUCUGAGUUUCCCAAACGUCCUCAAAUUAAUUUCGAUGCACAGUCAUGUUUCCACAAAUCUCUGCACUCGCUGCAGAAAGUCAGACCAAUACAUGUGCUCUUUCGAUACGCCUACUGUCUUUCGACACACCCAGUCUCUGGCCGCCAUAUCGGACUGCAGCUAUCCCUUUCUCAUGUUAGUACUUACAGUGAUUGGCCAGCAUAGGCCAUGUACUGGUGCAUUUUAGACAACUGGGAACUCGGGAGAAACGAUGUCAUAUCAUGACGUUGGAAGUUGGAGAAUUCCGAGUUCCCAGUUGUUUUGAACGCGGCAUUACGAAUCAAGAGACUUCUUUCAGGACUGUGACCUUGGAAUAUAAUGAUGGUGAUGACUAUGAUGAUACAGAGGGAAUUGCUGAACAUACAACAAAACCAGAAGUCACAGAAGAAUGGAUGUCAGUCAUGGAGGCAAAACUCCCAGAGUUACCAGUUCAUAAAAAGGAGACCUCAAGAACGAAAUUUGAGUCUCCAAAAGAAUAUAUUCAGCUCCAAAGUGAUAAAGGUACAGUGUACACUGUAGACAUAAUCAUGAUGUUCUGUUAAAUCAACAACUACCUAUAAUCUCUCAUGCCAACUAAGAACUACCUAAGCAGACUGACGCUUGUUUUGUUUUCAGUCAAAGAAAGAACUAGCUUAUGUCCUCAGAAUGUUAGUCUGCAGUACUUGGCCUCUAACUUUUACAAUUAAAACUGCUCUCAUACAGUAUACUGUAAAUGUUGGCAUUUGAAAAAGCAUGACAUUUUAUUUUAUAAGGGAUGAGUGUGCCAGAAACACAGACAAGGAUGAAAGAUCAGGCCAAGAUACUGUGCGAAGGCUCUGCAGAAGAUCAGGACCUCCUUUCUCGCUGUUCUCCCCUACGGAAAGCCUGGGGGACAUACUGUACAGGAAAACCAAGCAUGUGUUUGACUACACAGUCGCGGACAUGAAAGACAAAAAGCCUGAUGUUUCAAGGUGUGGUUCCAAUCUAAACCAAUGCGUUAGACCAGCCCUUCCAGUACGGAAGGGCUUCAAUGUAUCCACAUCUAGGUACAGCCAGAGAAGGGAACAAUCAAUUGAUCAGAUGACGGUGAUCAGAAAAGAUCAUGUCGGUAGGCCUUUACUAAUGCUGAAAGGCAAUGCAAGUCUAACCAACAGUGAUGGAAGCAACAACACGGAUUCAUUUGCUUAUUCACCCAGACUCACAAAGGGUAAACCAUCAACCUCCUCUCAGCCAGGACCUGACACCAGGAUCCCACCAGUAGUAACCAGGAAGCAUUCUGACAUCAUCAGAGAGGAAAGAAAGAGGCACUACUACAAAGACCUGUGUCAGCAGGUGGAGGAGAAGAGACAACAAAAAGCGAGGGAGAGGAGAAGGAUUACCACCGCCGAACAAAUUCACAAUGAGACAAUGCAGUUCUUCACCUGGGGGAUGCCAGGGAGCGGAGCCCCAAACUACCACCUGGACUCUGUGAGAAGGAACAAGUUCAGUUCCACAGAAAUUAUACCCCAGGAACAGCUCCGCUGUAAAGGCUUCAGCGGGAUCCCUUUUCAUCUGCAUGUCAAAUGAUGGCCAUUUUAUGGUCCCCCCCAGCCCAGACGAUUGAUGCUCAGCUCAGACAACUGAUAAACCCAUUAAACUAACGCAGUAGUAGACCAAACACUGCGCCUUGCUGACUUUUGUCCCAUAGGUGAUCGAUAAGUCAUCAAUUAGCUGGAUUUCAGCACUCCUUGGCACUUAUAUCCAUUGAUUAAUUUACUGUUUUCAACUCCCAUAUGUGCAUAACCACACUCAAAACAAUUCUGGAUCCACACAUUCUGAUGGUGUUCAAAUCAGUUGUGAUGGUAGGGAUGCACAUAAACAGUAUAUAUAUAUACACACACAUAAAUGCUACAGUGGUAAUUGACAGAUCAAUGGCAUGGUGAGAUAAUGAAUAGAAACUGGCUCUAUAAAUAUAAGAUUGUACACAAAAAAAGCUGGUCGCGAAAGCGAUAAGAUACCGACUGUCUGCCUACAGUCAAAGAAUUAUUUUUUUUCAUCAUAUUUCUAUGAGUAAUUUUGUAUAUAUAUUGAAGCCAGAGUUGUAGUGAAAUAAAACCCUCCUGUCAGAUAAAGAGAGUGGGUGGAAAGAAUUGAAAAGUCUUAAUGUCAAUCAAUGCUUUGUAGGUAAAGUGAAAUCUAUCCUCUGAUACUGACCUGAUAUUUGGGUUGAAUGAUUCACAAAGAAACAAUGGGUAGUGUAACUAUAGUGUUUACAAAAAGCUUUUCAACAUGAGGAGCGAUGCACAAGCAAGCACUGAUACAGUAAGCUUCUCUUCAGGUGGCCACUAACAUUUGUAUAUACAAUGUUUUUUAUUUAUUUUUUAUUUCAACUUUAUUUAACCAGGUAAGCUAUUUGAGAACAUGUUCUCAUUUACAACUGCAACCUGGUCAAGAUAAAGCAAAGCAGUGCGACACAAACAACAACACAGAGUUACACAUGGAAUAAACAAGCGUACAUGUCAAUAACACAAUAGAAAAAAAGAAAGUCUACUUACAGUGUGUGCAAAUGGCGUGAGGUAGGCAAUAAAUAGGCCAUAGUAGUGAAAUAAUUACAUUUUAGCAGAUUAACACUGGAGUAAUAAAUAAGCAGAUGAUGAUGUGCAAGUAGAGAUACUGGUGUGCAAAAGAGCAGAAAAGUAAAUAAAAACAAUAUGGGGAUGAGGUACGUAGUAGAGGUCAACUGAUUAUGAUUUUUCAACACCGAUAGCGAUUAU